AUGCUUCAAUCCCUGGUCCGCCGCCAUGCCUUCCUUCCUUCGACCCAACUCCACCGCGUCUUCUUCUCCACCGGCGCCUCCGUCUCCGCCUCAGGCGCCACCGCUUCUCCCGAUCCCCACUUCCUGGUCGAGUACCUCGUGGAUACAUUCGGGUUCUCCGCCGACAAUGCUUCCAAGGUCUCCAAGUUACUCCCUCGUAUUCAGUCCACCGAGAAGCCCGACGCCGUUCUUGGAUUCUUCAGAUCUCAGGGCCUUGAUGGUGCUAAUCUGAGAAGGAUACUAGCUUGGAAACCAGGAUUGCUCUGCUGGGAUGUGGAGACGAACCUCGCUCCGAAGUUUAAAAUUUUGCGCGAAAUGGGAUUAUCUGAAUCCGACAUCAUCAAUGUCGUUCGGAUGCACCCUAUGGUUAUUGGCUUCAAGAGCCAUAACACGCUUCUCCUCAAAUUGAAGACUUGGGAAAGUUUAUUUGGAUCGAGGGAGAUCCUCCUCAAGAAUCUCCGGAGGAGUGGAUGGUUUUUGUGCAGCAACUUUGAGAAUGUAGUGCGCAACAUGAACUUCUUGCAGGACGAAUGUGGUAUUCCUGAAGACCGGGUUUCUUUUGUCAUUAAAAACCACCCCAGCUUCAUCGUGCCAAACCCUGAUGCCCUCCGGGCUCUAGUAGAUAGAGCUGAUGGGAUUGGAAUUCCCCGUGGAUCCGGGAUGUACCUCUGGAUCCUUUUUGUGCUGCACGGGGUCAGCAAAGAAAAAUUUGAGGCCCAAGUUAAGCUCAUGAACAGUUUUGGUUUGUCGAACUCUGAUUUCAAUACUGCAGUCCAGAAACAUCCAACUUUUUUAUGGAGUUCCACAGAGGCAUUGCGGAGGAAGAUGGAAUUUCUUAUCAAGGAUGUCGGGAUUGCACCUUUAGACAUUGCUUACCACCCGUCGCCUUUAGGAUUAAGUUUGGAAAAGAGGUUGAUUCCUCGAUUUCGUGUGAUGGAGAUAUUGAAAUCUGAAGGGUUAUGGGAGUCAACAAACAAGCUACAUAGAUUUUUCUUAUUGUCUGGUCCAAUCUUUUUGCAGAACGCUGCCUCCCUCAUCACCUGCGGCCUCCCUCUAACUCCGUCUCCCUCCCGCGAUCUCCCUCCAGCGCCGCCUCCCUCCAGUGUCGCCGACCUCCCUCCAGCGUCGCCAACCUCCAGCGCCGUCUACCUCUAG